AGUAUGAAUUGAUAAGCAUUUUCUUUUACCAAACUUAAAUGUUAGUUUACGUUAAAUCUCAACUUGAUUUAAAUUUUUCCUUAAAUUUAUCUACGGAUUUAUUCGCGUUACCAUUUCAUCUUAUGUAAUUGAUAAUAACAAAAACAAUUGCGUAGCUCAAAUCGGAAAAUUAUGAACUAGUCUCCGGUCUAUAACAAUAAUGAUAACGUAAAAUACAGGAAAAAUCGGCACACAAAUCAUCAUUGAUCGGACAAUGAUAUUUUUACGUGUAAUCCGCGAACGUACAUUGCCACCGAGAAAAGUAUUAAAUAUAAUCCGUAACAAUCUAUAUUUAUUAACGUAUCGCCAGCCUGAAUCUUUGAGCAAUACGUUGAAAUCGCGAGUCACACAUGCGUCGAGAGCUAGCCCUAGCCUUGAAACAACAAAGCCGCCAUGGCAGCCACUUUAAUAAAAUCCGUUCGACGUCUGUCGAAAACUCAACGGUCGAUCAAUAGUUAUCAACAAUUGGCGGUGCUCGUCUGUGCCGACACCCCGUGCAGCAUCAGGCAGUUCUCCGCUCACGAGCAGCAACGGCAUCGUCGUGGUGGUGAUUACGAAAAAAAAACCUCGGGCCGCCUCCUAACCUACGCGGCCCUCUCGGGACUCUGCUGUGCUGUUUACGGUCUGAGCAGCGACGACGAUGACAGAAGGUCGUCGGCUUGGUGCGCGAUCAAAAAUGCCGUUCUACCCGGUGUCUCGGCCGCGAGCAUCAUUCCGACGGACGUCAAAAGUUUCAGGAACAAAUUUAAUUUUAUUGCGGAUGUCGUCGAAACCGCGGCACCGUCGGUUGUUUACAUCGAGAUAAAAGAUCAUAAGAGGAUAGAUCUUUUUACUGGUAAACCUGCCACUGCAAGCAAUGGCUCUGGUUUCAUCGUUCAAAAAGAUGGUUUGAUUUUGACCAAUGCACAUGUUGUUAUAAACAAACCUAACUCAAUCGUCAAGGUACAUGUACGACUUCAGGAUGGCUCUACUUAUACAGGAAUUGUCGAAGACAUUGAUUUCCACAGUGACCUAGCAACUGUUAGAAUAAACAAAGAUAAUUGUCCAGUUAUGAAGCUUGGCGAGUCAACAAAAUUGAGGCCUGGAGAAUUUGUAGUUGCAAUAGGUUCACCAUUAGCAUUAAGUAAUACAAUAACUAGUGGUGUUGUAAGUAGCGUUAACAGGCACAGUGAUGAACUUGGUUUACAUAAUAAGCACAUGGAAUACAUACAGACGGAUGCUGCUAUAACAUUUGGAAAUUCAGGAGGACCUCUGGUAAAUCUUGAUGGUGAAGCCAUUGGUAUUAAUGCAAUGAAAGUUACUGCUGGAAUAUCAUUUGCAAUUCCUAUAGAUUAUGCCAAAGAUUUUUUACAAAAGGCUGAGGAAAGAAGAAAAAGCAAAGGUGCAUCUAUGACUGGUGGAUAUUCAGAUAACUCUAGAAGAAGAUACCUAGGUAUCACCAUGCUGACUCUCACCCCUGACAUCCUCAAUGACAUGCAGCAACAGGGUGGUGUGUCUCCAAUUGUAAGAAAUGGAGUUUUAAUAUGGAGAGUUAUGUUUGGAUCACCAGCUUAUCAGGGUGGACUAAAACCAGGAGAUAUAAUUACUCACGUGAAUGGUAAUCCUAUAAAAUCGUCCACGGACAUAUAUAAAAUUUUAGAAAAAGCUGGAUCGGUAGUGAUGACUCUGGUACGCGGCGGUGCCGUAAUAAAAUUAGAAGUUCAACCUGAAGACACAUAAAACGCAUCAUUCAGGCAUUCAGACUUUUUUGAAAUACUUUUGUUUCAAGGUUUUAAUAGUGUUGUAAAAUAAUGGCCUUUGUAAAUUAAAUGUUAUAUCUUGACUA